CCUCCCCAAGUAAGGUGCCACCAACCUCCUGUGGUGUACGUGUAAGUCGUUGUCAACAAAUAUAUGCGCAGGUAUUUUUGGGCCGAGCUGCAUUUCCCAUCGACCAUCAGUUCUGGUGACGUAGCAACAAAAGGAUUCCAAGAUGGGACUCGAAAGUACUAUGGUCUGUGUGGACAACAGUGAGUAUAUGAGGAAUGGAGACUUCCUCCCCACCAGACUUCAGGCCCAGCAAGAUGCUGUCAACAUUGUGUGCCACUCCAAGACGCGCAGCAACCCUGAGAACAAUGUGGGCCUCAUCACCAUGGCCAAUAACUGUGAGGUGCUGACCACCUUGACUGCAGACGCGGGGAGGAUACUGUCUAAACUGCACGCUGUCCAGCCCCGUGGAAACAUCAGCUUCUGCACAGGCAUCAGAGUGGCACAUUUGGCGCUGAAGCACAGACAGGGGAAGAACCACAAGAUGCGUAUAAUUGCCUUUGUGGGCAGCCCAGUGGAGGACAACGAGAAGGAUCUGGUGAAAAUGGCAAAGCGUCUAAAGAAAGAGAAAGUCAGUGUGGACAUCAUUAACUUUGGAGAGGAGGAGGUGAACACAGAAAAGCUGACGGCCUUCAUCAACACUCUGAAUGGGAAGGAAGGAGCAGGGUCCCACCUUGUGACAGUGCCUCCAGGCCCCAGUCUGGCUGAUGCCCUGCUGUCCUCUCCUAUCCUUGCUGGGGAGGGAGGAGCCAUGCUGGGCCUGGGGUCCAGUGACUUUGAGUUUGGAGUGGACCCCAGUGCAGACCCAGAGCUGGCACUGGCUCUGAGGGUGUCUAUGGAGGAACAGAGACAAAGGCAGGAGGAUGAGACUCGCAGGGCAGCAGUGGUGUCUGCUACUGAGGCCGGGGUUCCCUCGCCUACUGCUGACGAGUCAGACGAAGCUCUGCUGAAGAUGUCAGUCCCCCAGGCUGACACGGCCACGCCCGCUAUGCCCGACUUCAGCCGCAUGACAGAGGACGAGCAGAUUGCCUACGCCCUACAGAUGUCCAUGCAGGGUGGAGCAGAGUUUGGUGCAGAGUCAAUGGACAUGGACACAGGAGCCCCUGUAGACUCAGAGGGUGCUAAGGAUGAGGAGGACUAUGAUGUGAUGCAGGACCCAGAGUUCCUCCAAAGCGUCCUGGAGAACCUACCGGGUGUCGACCCCAACAACGAGGCCAUCCGGAAUGCCAUGGGCUCGCUGGCUUCACAGACAGGAUCCAAACCUGACAGCAAGAAAGACAAAGACGAUGAGAAGAAGAAAUGAACAUUUACACAGUAAACAUAAUAGAUACCCUGGCGUUGACCUGUUGACAAUGGCUCCUUUAAUAUAAUAGUUGUGCAAACUGUAACCUCAGAUGACCUCUAGGUUUUUUUUUGUUGUAUCGCCAUACUCAAACAGUUGAAUAAGGCUUUCUUUAUCUUUGUUGUGUGAAGGUUAAUGAUGCAUGUUGCCUUUAAAAAAUAAAAGUUUGUACUAAAGUGGGACCUUAUAUCAACCCAAGCACAUUCGGUAAGUGUACAUUUUAUGUGCUGAUAAUAAUAAAUAAAUUUACAUAAUUCAAGGGAA